AUGAUGGGCCUGGAGGGUCACCAAAGCCCGGGGGGAAACCAGACCGCGGGACCGUUGGAAGGCAAGGCUGUGGAGGUGGGUCGCGUUCAAGUGCAGGUUCGCUCCACCAUCGCUCAAGGCGGCUUCGCCUUCGUCUACCUCGCCCGCUGCGCGCACUCGGGCCGCGCGUACGCGUUAAAGCACAUCGUCUGCAGCGAUCCCGAUGCCAUGGAGCAGAUCCAGCGAGAGGUCUCAAUUCUCAUGGCGUUAAGAGGCCACCCCAAUAUAGUCACUCUCCACGCGCACGCGCUCUUAGAUUCCGCCGGAUCUGCCGGAUUGGGGUCUGCGGGUGCGGCGGUUGCGGGCGCGGGAGGGAUGGGGCACGGUGGAGCGGGUAUGGGUGGGUUGGGUGGCGGAGGGAUGGGCGGGAGCGGGAGUGGGCGGAAGGAGGUGUUUCUGCUGAUGGAGCAUUGCGAGCGGACGCUCGUGGAUGUCAUGGCUGCGCGGGGGACGACACCGUUUGACGAGAAGACGCUCCUGCUCACGUUCCGUGACGUGUGCAACGCCGUGUUCGCCAUGCACUGCCAGCACCCGCCCGUCGCGCACAGGGACCUGAAGGCGGAGAACUUGCUGCAGUGCGGCGACGGGUCGUGGCGGCUGUGCGACUUCGGCAGCGCGAGCACGCGGCACCGGCGCAUCGAACGCGCGGAGGACAUGGGGUUGGAAGAGGACGUGAUCCGGCGCAACACCACCCCCGCCUACCGCGCCCCCGAGGGUCCUGCCCCUCACCCUGCGUCCCAAAGCCUCUGCGCUCCUGCCUUCCCCCAUUCCCUCAACCGGCCUCCCCUCCUCUCCGCCACCAGGCGUUGGGGUGCCUGCUCUACCGCAUGGCCUACUUCCGCUCCGCGUUUGACGGCGAGUCCAAGCUGCAGGGAACUGCUUUCUGAGGCGCCUAAACAUGCCUGCACCGCACCCCCCCUCCCGCACCCCCCCUCCCGCUCUCCCCCUCCCGCUCUCCCCCGCCAGGCCCUUGGGUGCCUGCUCUACCGCAUGGCCUACUUCCGCUCCGCGUUUGACGGCGAGUCCAAGCUGCAGGUGCUGAACGGGCGCUACAGCAUCCCCGAGACGCCGCGCUACUCCCCCGCCGUGCCCGCGCUCAUCCGCGACCUCCUCGCCAUGCAGCCCCACUGCCGCCCCGACGUGCUGCAGGUCUGGCGCCGGGUGAACGAGCUUCUGCCCCCUGAGAUGCGCAAAGCCAGCCCAGACUGGCCCCCGCUAACGCCCAAACCCACCCCAGGUCCUGCAGCCUCCGCGGCAGACAUCGCUGCUCUGCAGGCCGCACUGGCCCAGCAGCAGCAGCAGCAGAGUGGAACCAGCAGGGGCAGUACUGCUGAUGCGCAUGAGUCUAGUGCCACUCGCCGUGCUACUGGUGGUGCAGGGGCUGAGAAGAAUGAUGCGGUGAGCGGCAGUGGCGGUUCUAGGAGCCAGACGGCCGUCUUCGCAGAGGCCUUGAGCACCGAGAGCCUUGCGUACCUCAACGCGCAUAAUAAUGCCCGCGUCACCCUCGCCAUCGCGCCGCUCAAAUGGAAUGCGUCAUUGGCGCAGAGCGCGCUCUCAUGGGCGAACGCAUUGGCGAUUAAGAGCGCGUGCAAGGUGAUCGGGCUCGACGAAAGCAGGCGUGGCACGGUGGGCCAGAACCUCUACGCGGGCUGCUGCGGAGUCAAAACCGCGGACGCUGUGCAGGCGUGGGUGAAGCAGAGGAAAGACUACCAGCGCGGGAAAUUCCCUGACUUGUGCCAGAAGCAGUGCGGGCAGUACACGCAGGUGGUGUGGCGGAACACCAAGUCGGUGGGGUGCGGUCGCGUGGAUUGCUCGAAUGGAUGGAUGGUUUCGGUGUGCAAUUAUUACCCGCCUGGUAACUACAUCGGGCAAUACCCCUAUUGA